CAGGGCACUUAGAGAUUAUUCUUCUUCCAGAUUUCAUUCAUAACUUUACACAUGUUUGUUGUAAAUUUUUUGUUUGAUAAAUAAAGCGAGAGAAAUGUGAGAUUUUGGAAAGAAUCUGGUUGUGAUCUUGAAUAAAUUUUAUUGCAUAUUAAUCCUUUAUUCUGGGAUAUAUCAGAGAUGCCUCAAAAUGAACACAUCGAGUUAUCUCGGAAGAGACAUGGCUACCGAUUGGAUCAUUUUGAAAGAAAACGGAAAAAGGAAGCAAGACAGGUCCAUGAAAGAGCUGAACAUGCAAGAAAACUCCAUGGACUUAGAGCCAAACUUUACAACAAGAAACGACAUGCAGAAAAGGUGCAAAUGAAAAAGACAAUUAAAAUGCACCAAGAAAAGAAAACAAAGACAAGAAAUGAGGAUAAAGUUCCAGAUGGAGCUGUACCAGCUUAUCUUUUAGAUCGAGAGGGGCAAUCACGAGCUAAAGUCUUGAGUAAUAUGAUUAAGCAGAAAAGAAAAGAAAAGGCUGGUAAAUGGGAAGUACCACUGCCAAAAGUGAAGGCAGUUGGAGAGAACGAAGUCUUCAAAGUUGUCAAAACUGGAAAGUCAAGAAGAAAAGGUUGGAAAAGGAUGGUCACAAAAGCUUGUUACGUUGGUGAAGGCUUUACAAGAAAACCACCAAAAUAUGAAAGAUUUAUCAGACCAAUGGGUUUACGAUUCAAGAAAGCUCAUGUCACCCAUCCAGAGCUAAAAGCAACGUUUUGUCUUCCAAUUAUUGGCAUAAAGAAGAAUCCACAAUCUCCUAUGUACACAUCCCUGGGUGUUAUCACAAAGGGGACAGUUAUUGAGGUGAAUGUUAGUGAACUUGGGCUUGUAACUCAAGGUGGAAAAGUUGUUUGGGGAAAAUAUGCACAAGUUACGAACAAUCCUGAGAAUGAUGGUUGUAUAAAUGCAGUGUUACUGGUGUAAUAUCGGUAAGCGAUUUUUUCAGCCAGCUUUGUUUAAUAUUAAAUCACUGUAAAUUCACCUGUUAGGUGAAGAGUCAUCAGUGAUAUUCACGCUUUUUUCAACAAAAGUGUGAAUGAAGCCGUAAAUGUGGGAAGCAAUAUGCGAGAUAGGACACAGAUAAGACAAAAACAGUGCACAUAAUAUUUAAAUUAUAUUUUGAAGCAUAUGCAUACAUUUGUAUGUGACACUUCAGUGUUAUCUUUAAUCAUUUUCAUUAAUGUGCUGAAUAUUGUAAUUGUUGUCUUUAUUGAACAUAAUAACAAUAACUCU